AUGGGUAAUGGAUGUUUUAAAUGGUCACAAGUGGAGACACUUACAGGUGCAUAUGGUUUGAAAGAAGUUGGAGAUAUACCAUUAGUUGAGGCAUUAUCAAUGUUCCUCAUCGUUUUAGGUCAUGGGUUCACUAAUAGAAUGGUCCAAGAAAGGUUCCAACAUUCUGGUGAGAUGGUGUCAAGGUGGUUUGGGAUAACUUUAGAUGUUGUUUGUCGCAUGGCUGGUGAUAUCAUAAGUCCACAAGACCCACAAUUUGGGAGAGUUCCGGAUAAAAUCAAAGCUAAUGAUCGAUAUUGA